AUGCAAACCGACGUGCUAUCGAGCACCCUCAGGGAAUUAAAAACAUUCACCCAAAAGAGCUCUGAUCUUUUUAAUACCACCAGAUCGACACAAGAACACGAAUUGAAUGAUUUGAAAAGAAAAUCAAAGAAGAGUAGCACAAAAGGUAAAGGCAAGAGCUCUGAAACCGAUUCCAGUUCCAUUCACCAGACUGAUAUCGAGCGUGAUUCCGAUAAUGAAAGUUCCACCGGUCUUUCCUCAGACAUCGACUUCCCCGAAGGUGGGAUGAAGGCCUGGUGCGCCGUUUUAGGGUCAUUUCUCGGGUUGACCAACUGCUUUGGUUGUAUCAAUAGUACCUCUGCCAUUGAAACGUAUAUCGCUCGUAACCAAUUGAAUGACGUUUCUGCCUCGGUGGUCGGGUGGAUUUUCUCGAUCUAUAUGUGUGUCGCUUUGUUGUGUGGUAUUUUAACCGGUGAUCUUUUCGAUAGAAAAGGCCCUAGACUUCCGAUCUUUUUUGGAGGAGUGACAUCUUUCAUUGGGAUCUUCAUCACUGGUAAUUGCUCGGAAAUUUAUCAAUUUAUCCUUGCGUUUGGGAUCGUUGCCGGGUUGGGGAACGCUCUCCAAUUCUCGAGUUUAGUGGGGAUUAUUGGCCAUUAUUUCAAUAAACGCAGAGGGAUUGCCAUUGGUAUUGCCACCAUUGGUGGAUCGGUUGGUGGGGCAAUUUUCCCAAUCAUGUUGCGCAAGUUGUAUUCUAGUUUAGGUUUUGCCUGGGCCAUGAGAAUCUUUGCCUUUGUCCUCUUAUUUUUGGAUAUUGGGGCCUUUUUAUUGAUCACUCCAAGAUUCCCUCCAAAAAAGAACCCUACUAGCAAUGAGAAACUCUCGAAGAAACUCGUGGGAUUCUUCAAAAAAACCCUCGAUAUCGACGCGUUCAAAGACCCACGGUUCUUGUUUUGCGUGCUUGCCGUCACUUUCUCCGAAGUGUUUUUGGUGACCUCCAUGACCUACUAUGGUUCGUACGCUUUAUUCAGAGGAAACUCCGAAGAUACUUCCUAUUUGCUCAUCACCAUCAUGAACGCCAGUGGGAUUAUUGCCCGAGCCAUCGCUGGGUACUUAUCUGACAAAAUCGGGAAGUUUAACCUUAUGACGGUGAUGAUUUUCUUUUCCUCAGUUUUCUGUUUAAUUAUCUGGUUACCAUUCGGUCACUUAACCGGAGGAUUAUACGCUUUUUCCGUGGCGUACGGCAUUGCCUCGGCCGCAGUGUUGAGUUUGACCCCAUUAUGUGUCAGUCAAAUUAGUAGAGUGGAAGAUUUUGGUAAAAAAUACUCUACUUGCUACUUUGUGGUGGCGAUUGGAACUUUAGUGGGGAUUCCGAUUUCCGGGGCGUUUAUCGGAGCCAAUCCUACCGUGAAGGAUUACAAUAACUUUAUUAUUUUUGUUUCUGUGUUAGGUUUUACCGGGGUUGUUUUUUGGAUUGUGUCUCGAUGGUUUGCCGUUAAACAUAAAUUUUGCAUUUACUAG